CACAUGAAUUUUUGUCAUUCGGUGAGUUUUCAUAAUUGCACACGUGACUGAAACCGAUAUGCUUUUUCACGCGUCCCCCGCCACGCGUGAGAGAAUCGUUAGGCUUCUACUGUAGAGUCCAGGGAUUACGCGUCACAUAACUGCAGUAGACUACAGCCUCAUUCUCACCGGUACCAUUAUCACAUACCGCGCUGCUGAUCAUUUAAGCGGGAGAACUAGUGUCUGCGAAUUUUACCAUUUUUAUUUUAUGUAAGCUACCCGAGGGGAAUGAGUCCUCCGUUUGCGGUUCUUGCGGUGCUGGCCGCUUGCCUUUGCGGUGUGCCUCUGCUGGUGGUUUGUAGUGACCAUCUAAAUUACAGACCCAUCAUCGGUGUCCUGGCCCAGGAGAACAUAGUAGGAGACCCUCAUGCUCAGGGAUCCUCCUACAUCGCUGCUUCCUAUGUAAAGUACCUGGAGAGUGCUGGAGCCAGAGUUGUCCCCAUAAGAAUACACCAAACAGAUGAAGAAUACGAGAAGAUAUUUAACUCAAUAAACGGGUUGCUGCUACCAGGUGGGGACGUGGACCUGGAGACGUCCCAGUUCAGUCGACUGUCGAAGAUCUUCUAUGAUCUGGCUAUCAAGGCCAACGAUGCGUCUGAUCACUUCCCUAUUUGGGGUACGUGCCAAGGUCUUCAGCAGAUGACGGUACUGACCAGCAACAAGAACCUUCUGACUCUAACAGACACCAAGGCUGUGGCCCUGCCUCUCACAUUCACCCCAGCUUCACAGAACAGCCGUCUGUUCAAGGCCUUCCCCGGUAGCCUGCUACAGUCUCUGUCAGAGGACAACAUCACCUCCAACUUUCACAGCUGGAGUCUGUCGCUACAGAACUACAGCCGGAAUGCCAGACUGAAACGUUUCUACAAGGUUCUGACCACCAACACAGAUGGCAGGAGAGAGUUCAUUUCUACCAUGGAAGCAAACCACUAUCCGUUCUAUGCUGUCCAGUGGCACCCUGAGAAGAGUCCCUUUGAGUGGGUAGAUAAACCAGGCAUGGUCCACUCUGCUGCCUCCGUCAGAGCAUCCUUCUACACAGCACACUUCUUUGUCUCCGAGGGUGAGUUAUUUUAGUCCACUUUUCUUUUA